UCUAUAUCUGAGCAAGUUCUCUGAAUCAAUCCCCCCACACGGUGCUUUCGAGGAGAUGGGAAAUAUCAGCCCCUGCCGGGAGUCAUUUAAAAUAGGACAUUCUGUGUGUGUGGGCAUUAAGUGGAGAACGACGACAGGACACCAAACGGGCCCUCCGGGAAGAGCGUCACUCACAGCUCUGGGCGUGACGUCAGCAUUCAGCGCCUCUGUGAAAGGAAAGCCCGGCGAACUGCACUGGCCGGAAGAGGAGGGGCGCUUGGCCUGGUUUCCUGGCGACGCAAUUCUGCCGAGGGCCGCUUCUCCGGCUGUUUUUCUCUUCUUCUUCCUGCCGCGUGAGCGAGGCCGUCAUGCUUUGGUUACUCUCAGCAACUAAGCUGGUUCCCGCCGUAGCAAGCGCCCGCUGCCUCUCAGGUUAGACUCAUCUCCCACGGUGUCCCCUCCGGGGCUUGCUCUCUGAGAAACCUGAGGCGCCCCAGAGGGAUCCAAGUUGGUCUCAGGCGAUCCCUGGUUCGGCGGACCCUUCUCCUGCUGGGGCUUUCACUCCCAAACCCUUUGUGCGCUCCUCGGAUUUCUUCUUUACCUGCUGCUUCUGGAAAAGGGUGGGCCCUGUGUUCUCCCUAACGCUGAGGUAUUCUGGGAAGCCGGAAUGACUGCAGAGAGAAAAGUGUGUGCCGACCCCCAGAGGGGUUGUCUUCGAAGUUACUUGGACUCGUAGAAGUUGUGUCAGUUUUCACUUGCGUAGAUAACGAAGUGUCUCACAUCAAGUAGCUCUUGUUUCUGUUAGGUUACCCUAAAAUCCUGUUUUCGUGUUUUCCAAGAGUUGACUUGAGAGCUGGCUCCAGCAUGUACAAGAAACACGUUUAGUAACACAAAUCCUUUGAGCAGUUCCUCUCGGAAGAGAUAAUGCUUGGAAACACUCCGGGGCUUUUUAAUGUCUGAAAGCCCAAUUCGUAAAGGCAAGAUGAAGGAGUCCAGGAAUAAUGGGGACCAUUGUUUUAGGGUGUACUCUAUCACGAACAAUUAAUCUAGUGAACAUAAACCUCCAUCAGUGAAAGCUGAAUCAACUACCUUUCGGGCGGAUCUGCCAUUGGAUCGUAUUUCAGGGUUUUUGGCCAAUAGGUGAACAAUGUAUGAAGCAGAACAUACGGUGUUUGACAUCAAAUCUAUGUCUUGGCCUGUAUUUCUUACAUCGAUCUACUUUAAUGAAAGUGGAAUGGAUGCAUGUCAUGUUCUCAGCGAAGGUACUCCCUCCAGCCCAUCCCAGAGAGGAGAAUUCCAAACCGAUACUUAGGCCAGCCCAGCCCCUUUACACACCCACACCUCCUCAAACCAGGAGAGGUGACGCCAGGACUAUCUCAAGUGGAAUAUGCGCUUCGCAGGCACAAACUAAUGUCUCUGAUCCACAAGGAAACACAGGAACAGAGUGGGACAGACCAGACAGUGGUUCUGCUGUCCAACCCUACAUACUACAUGAGCAAUGAUAUCCCUUAUACUUUCCAUCAAGACAACAAUUUCCUGUACCUCUGUGGAUUCCAAGAGCCCGAUAGCAUUCUGGUCCUUCAAAGCCUCCCUGGCAAGCAGUUACCAGCACAUAAGGCCAUGCUUUUUGUGCCUCGGAGAGACCCUAGUCGAGAACUUUGGGAUGGCCCACGGUCUGGCACAGAUGGAGCAAUAGCUUUAACAGGAGUGGACGAAGCCUAUACACUGGAAGAAUUUCAACAUCUAGUACCAAAAUUGAAAGAUGAGACCAAUAUGGUCUGGUAUGACUGGAUGAGGCCCUCUCACGCACAGCUUCACUCUGACUACAUGCAGCAUCUGACUGAGGUCAAAGCCAGGAGCAAGAAUAAGGUUCGCGUUGUCCAACAGCUGGUACAGCGCCUCCGGCUGGUCAAAUCUCCGGCAGAAAUUGAACGAAUGAAGAUUGCUGGGAAGCUAACAUCACAGCUUGGGGGCCAGUGGUCUAUGUCAUUGUUUUGUGCAUCCCUGCCUGGCUUGAGUUUCUCCAUACCCAUUCAUUUCGUGGACCUUCGUUGCCAUUUCAAGAGAAUGAAUUAGGCCAUCAAUUUAUUGAUUGCAGUUAUCUUCAAACCCUGGCAUUGGGUUUCUCUGGUAAGCAGCAUUAUGGCCUGCUUUGAUUUGCCCUCAGAAAUUUUCAUAGAGAUUUCCAAAGAGCAGUGGCCCCCACGUGUGGGGAUCUUUUACUGUCCAUUUACUUAUGGCCCACUUGUUAGACCAAUUGCAAGGCAAGUGGCAACAGCCUAGGAUCAGUAUUUACCCAAAUAGCAAGACUUUUAUUUGUAUCUAGUUCUAUCACAGGUAAGAACACGGCUUACAGUUCAGCUCAGUGGACCAACUUGUUAUUACCUUCUUCCAUGAGGAUUUUACCUUCUGCUGGACUCAGAGCACCUGCUUCCCAUACAGAAUUACUCUCAAUUCUGGGGGCGCCUGGGUGGCUCAGUUGUUAAGCAUCUGCCUUCAGCUCAGGGCAUGAUCCCAGGGUCCUGGGAUCGAGCCCUGCAUCAGG